AUGUGCGUGUGCCUUCCAGAGAAAGGGAACGGGACCGGGACCUGGACCGGGACUGCGCUGAGUGGCAUCGCCCCGCAGAGCCAGCCGCGGCCCUGCCUGGACCUGCGCGCUGCGCCCGGCGAAGAAACGGUUAAGCGGAGCUGCAAGCGGGCUGCAUUAGAGACGCCGUGCAGGAGCAGCGCCUGUGGGGGGGGGGGGAGAACGGAGGACGAUCAGCAGACGGGUCAUCCAGGACACCACCACCGAGGGAUGCGCCGCAUCCGCCGGCCAGACACCGCAGAGCUCACCCCGGAGAUCUACAUCUUCUUACUAUAGUCAAACAACUAGUCUAAAAGCCAGAGGGGGAAUGAUGGUGAGCUCGGAAGCCUCGGAGACGCCCGUUCCUCUCACCGCGCUGUCGCGCUGGUACCUUUAUGCCAUUCACGGUUACUUCUGUGAAGUGAUGUUCACCGCCGCCUGGGAGUUUGUGGUCAACUGUAACUGGAAGUUCCCGGGCGUGACCAGCGUGUGGGCCCUCUUCAUCUACGGCACCUGCAUCCUCAUCGUGGAGCGGAUGUACCUGUGGCUGCGCGGGCGCUGCCCCGUGCUGCUGCGCUGCACCAUCUACACGCUGUGGACGUACCUGUGGGAGUUCGGCACGGGGCUGCUGCUGCGCCAGUUCAACGCCUGCCCGUGGGACUACUCCCAGUUCCGCUACAACUUCAUGGGGCUGAUCACGGCCGAGUACGCCGUGCCGUGGUUCUGCGCCUCCUUCAUCGUGGAGCGUUGGGUGAUCAGCAAAACCCUGCGGCUGCGCUUCCACCAAGGGCCCGAGGACGGAUGGUCAAGCCACCGCUCAGGCGCUGGGGGCGGAGGAGGUGCUGGGGGAACUUUGGGGGGCGUCGGGCCAAGAGAAAGGAGCAGAGGCACGGGCAGCAGCGCCAACGGCUACCUUAAAGGAGAAUGAGUCACGGAAAAAGGCGCUAUCUUUAAUCAAUCCGCAACUAGCUCCUUCCCUCUGUUACAGCUCCUUGGCCGUCCUUGGCUACUUUUCAUAUGCAAUACUCCCACUUAUUGGCAUGGGGCGGAGACAAAAAUCAGGAAGACUUGGCUGCUGUGAAGAGAGGCUAAGAGUAUCAGCCAGUAAACAAAUGUCUGACUGGGCUUCGACUUCCCAGAUCGGUUGUGUUUAAAUGUUGUCCUCCACUGUUGAAUCAGGGGCUCAGUGCACUCAUGACGCUGCUUUUACUUUAUGACAUAAAACACUCACUCAUUUCAAUGUGGGGUUGACCUUAAGAAGAUCAGGACACUGAAUGACCAGGAUUAAACUUUAAAUCGCUCCUGCCCUUCCCCCCAAACGUCAAAGACUUUGGGAUAUAAAAGAAGGAAAAAAAAGAUUAAUGUCAUUGUUCUGUAAAGGGACUGAUUCAAUAGAGAUAGAAUUUUUUUUCAAAGGCACAUCAGUUUUUAGAAGAGCUGAAUCAUCAGAAUACAUUAUGGAUCCCCAGGCGGUAACAUUCUUAUUACAGCUGCAGCCAUUCAAAGUGACAAAACAUAAGAACAAUAAUUAAACUAAGAACAUAAAAAGAGAAAUAUAGAAAUAUGUAGCAAGCAGUGUGAAUUAAUAAAAAUCCUCAUAUGAAAUAGCCCCAGAGAAAAAUUGUUGGCAUUUAAUAUAAUUUACAAUACAGUUUUUAUGCAGCUAAACGGGCUUAUUCAAGUUCCAGUGUAAAAUGUAUGUGUAUGGAUUGUCUGAAAUUCGGUAUAGUAUUCACAGUUAUAGUUUUACCGAUGGAAUGAACAUGAUUGUUUUACACUGGAAUAAGCUAUUUGUAUUGAAAAACUCAUUCAAAUUGCCCUGAAGGAACAAAAAAAACCUGAGCCAGAUAUCAAUCAAAUCUGCUUGAUAUGCAUUUAGAAGUUGCACUUUCUGAAAAAAAAAAACCCCCAAAACAUUCUCCUUUUAGUGACUGUAUUAGAAAUUGCACUUUGAGCAUCUCCCUUUGUAACAUCCAACUAGAAGUAGUAUCAAUUAUCAGCUAACCCUGUGAAGACCGGUUUUCUGUACUUUGAGCCACAUUAGGCCACAAUUCUGGGAAAAAAAGCAUGGUUUAAAAAAAAAAAGCUGUCUUCCAACAUAAGAUGCAUAUUUAAAAAGCUCUUUUAACAGCCAUAUCAUAUAACUGAUGACCGGUUGUUUGCAUGUUUGAAGAGGUUGAAGUUGAGAGGUCAGGCUGUUAGCCGGCCAGCUUUCUUUACACUAGAGCAUGUGAAAGUGUCCUUUAGCCACACCUUGAACCCCAAGCUGCAGUCAGUGAGAAUGUGAAGGCCUGCAUGGCAGCGUAUCCGCCACCAUCGUAUGAAUUGACUUGUUUGUGUUGUGCGUGAGAAUAAUGAAUCAAUGCCGUCCAUUCAGCACAAUUACUGCAAUGCCUUUCCAUUGAUCGUGAUUAUGAGUCAUGAAUGUUUGCAUGAAUUUCCAUUUCAGCAGGUGUUCAAAACUCUUUCUCAGAACUGGAUGUGGGCAAAUCUUCUGUUUCCUUGGAUUCUGUCUCAAAUAUUACAAGGAUAUACAAGCCUAACUGUCUUUUUCAGUGGAACACACUCCUGUAGUUUACUUCUCGAAUAUGUUUUAUUUAGUUUUCUUCUAAUUUAUUCUUUAAGUGACAAAUUAAUUAACUAUAGUUGGCAUAUCUGAGAAUUUUGACUUGGAAAAGUUGUCUCUUGCCUACUAUCCCCAACAAAAUGUCCAUUAGAGUCCAUUUUUUCAAAUGUAUUUGUAUUUGGGGUCUAUUUUUGCCACUGUAUGAUUGGUUUAAUGAACAUGUGAAGAUUAAGGAAAUAUGGCAACCCACUGGAAAAGCCCCUCAUAUGUGGGUCUAAAUGGAUCUGUCCAAUAAUUUCUCUGCUCCUGAUCUCUGAGUUUGGCUGAUUUUCAUUCCAUUGGGAAGAUAGCUCUCAGUGGGUUUAACACUCGACUUUGCUAUUUAAAUUAAACAUCAGAAGGGGAAUGAUUAAAAGCAAAUGUGUGUGAAAUUUUGAAAACAAACGUGCUGUGGAAGUGAUCAGAGUCAGGCUAAAUGCUCAUACUUGUAUUGGUUCAUCUCAUUCCAGCACUGUCUGGAAUUUUCCAAAUGAGUGUUCCCUGCUCCUGAGGUUCCUCCUGCAGAAAGCUUCCCACAUAAACCUUUGGAUGUGGUUCUUUAGUGUAUCAGAGGUUCUAGGAGGGGGAGAUGAAAUGUUAAGUAUAACUUACAGAGAACAGUGUCAAACCCACUAAGCAGCAGGUUUCAUCCUUGCUGAAGUGUCUGCUGGUUCUACUGCAUCUAAACUUUACCCUCACUGCCUCUCUUUAUGUCCAGAGUGUAGAAGUCGGAAAUGUAAUCUAGCAUGUCAAAUGAAUUGCUGCCACCCAGUGGAUGGUUUUAAAAACGGAGAGCAUGUUUUUAUCGGGCUCACAGACGAAAAGAUCGGAAUAGAGGUUCAUAUCUAUGUUUUAUUUUAUUUGUUCUUUUUUCUUUGCAUAGUUAUGUUUUAUUUAACUGCACUGCAAUAGAGGAAACUACUUUUUUUGUUCCUGAAAAUAUACUAGGUCUGGGUUCAUGUUUUUAUCUAAUUCCAAUCUUGAUGAAACAGAUCUUGACAUGCAAAUCGAAUUGUAUUGACUGGAACGAGUGCUUGAAGGAAUAUUGGGUGUGUAAGACUAUGGUGUCAUCCAGAGAAGCAGAUUCUGAAUGUGUAUUUGCAUGUGUAAUGUGUGAAAACUGAACUGACUCUGGUAUUUCUAUAUUUGAUUGUGCAUGUCCCAAAAGCUCUGCGCCUAACUCAGAUUUUAACCUGCUAAUUUUUAGCCCUGGCAUACUGCAAUGGUUACUUUUUGUUUUGAAAUAAAAAUGUAACAAACAGGUUUUGAAUGAAAUGACCGUACUGUAUAUCACUGUUGUUGAGUUUAUGGAUGAUUGGUCAAUCUCUGCAAUUAAAUGUCUUUAUUUGAUCAUAAAAGGUGCAGCGUGGGAGUGAGAGUGCGUGUUUGUGUAUGUGUUUGGAUGCCUUUUAUUUAAGCUGGCUGUUGAGAUGUUAACAUUAAACCUCAGAUAUUAAAAAGAUAUCCCA